UUUUACAUACUUAAAACCUUGCAGGAUUAAAGUCUGUUUUUUUUUUUUUUUUGUUUGUUUGUUUUUUAUAUGGCUAUUAAAAUAUAUAUUUAAAAUGUUUGUCUUGAUAUUGUAGAAAGACAAGAAGCUAUGCCUUACAUAAUUUUAAAUAUCCAUUGUAUUAAAUUACUGAUGAAGAAGAAAGAAAGGCUUUAUUCUUUAUGCCAGAAGACUUGAGGGGGACAUGUGGUGCGAUUCUGUGUUCAGCACCUGAGCUCCGGACAGCGGCAUUUGAAGGACCAAAUUGCUGUACAUUCAAACUGUGGGAUAGAAAGCAAAUUAAAGGGGUUGAUACAAAAUUGAAAUUCACUCUUGAACCAUCUUUAGGUCAAAAUGGUUUUCAGCAGUGGCAUGAUGCACUCAAAGCAGUGGCCAGAUUGCCGACAGGCAUACCGAAAGAAUGGCGGAGAAAAGUUUGGCUGACCCUGGCUGAUCAGUACUUACACAGUAUAGCCAUUGACUGGGAUAAAACCAUGCGUUUCACAUUCAAUGAAAGAAGUAAUCCUGAUGACGACUCUAUGGGCAUCCAGAUAGUAAAGGACCUUCACCGAACUGGUUGCAGUUCUUACUGCGGCCAAGAGGCAGAGCAAGAUCGAGUGGUAUUAAAACGUGUUUUGCUGGCUUAUGCCAGGUGGAAUAAAUCUGUUGGCUAUUGUCAAGGAUUUAACAUACUAGCUGCACUUAUUCUGGAAGUAAUGGAGGGCAACGAAGGGGAUGCCCUGAAAAUCAUGAUUUACCUAAUUGAUAAGGUGCUUCCUGAUAGCUAUUUUGUCAAUAAUCUCCGUGCUCUCUCUGUGGAUAUGGCUGUUUUCCGAGAUCUUUUACGAAUGAAGCUUCCUGAGCUGUCCCAGCACUUAGACACCCUGCAAAGAGCUGCUAACAGGGAAAGUGGCGGAGGCUACGAACCCCCACUUACAAAUGUCUUCACAAUGCAGUGGUUUCUGACUCUCUUUGCUACUUGCCUGCCUAACCAUACAGUUCUGAAGAUUUGGGAUUCAGUAUUCUUUGAAGGCUCUGAAAUUAUACUGAGAGUAGCUUUGGCUAUCUGGGCAAAGUUAGGAGAGCAAAUAGAAUGUUGUGAAACUGCAGAUGAGUUCUACAGUACCAUGGGGAAGCUGACCCAGGAGAUGCUGGAAGACAGUCUGAUUGACAGCAAUGAACUCAUGCAGACUGUUUAUACCAUGGCUCAGUUUCCCUUCCCACAACUGGCAGAAUUAAGAGAGAAAUACACAUACAACAUUACUCCUUUCCCUGCAACAGUAAAAUCAACUUCACUUUCAGGAAGGCUGGGCAGAACCAGAGACAGUGAUGAGGAGAAUGACCUGGAUGAUGAAGAUUCAAUUGCCAAUGCAAUUGGCUGUCUUGGACCAUUAAGUGGCUUUUUGGCACCAGAGCUCCAAAAAUACCAAAAACAGAUGAAAGCAGAUCAGAAUGAAGAACAAAGUCUGGGUUCCAGUAACAUUGCAGAAUUAAGUCCAGGAGCAAUAGACUCUUGCCGAAGCGAGUAUCAUGCUGCUUUUAACAGCAUGAUGAUGGAGCGUAUGACCACUGAUAUUAAUGCACUGAAAAAGCAAUAUUCCAGGAUAAAGAAGAAGCAGCAACAGCAGGUUCACCACGUGUAUAUUAGAACAGACAAAGGGCCAGUUACCAGCCUCCUCCCUUCUCAGGUAAACCAUUCCCCAGUGAUAAACCACCUCCUUUUAGGAAAGAAGAUGAAAUUGAAUAACAGGUCUCUCAAAAAUGCUGUUAUUCACAUCCCAAGUCAUGCUACAGGGAAGAUGUCUCCCAUUCCCCAAGAAGAUCUUAAAACAAAACUGAAUUCUCCAUGGCGCACUCACAUACGAGUUCAUCGAAAGAAUAUUGCCAGGGCCAAAGGCCAGCUGGGCUAUGGGGACACUAUAGGACUAAUAGAUGAGCAGAGUGAGAGCUGUAAAACAAAUAGUCCUGGUGCAAAGGAGGAGAUGUCCAAACAUUCUGCAUUUGGAGAAAGAGAAGGAGGUGGUUUGGAUGACAGGACUACUCGGAAAGCUGACCAUCAGUCAUCUGAACCAGUCCCUACGGACAGCAGUACAAACAUGGCAGUGGUUCAGCUAAAACUGGAAGCACUGGAACUCGCCUCAGAUAACAAAACUGAUGCUGAGUCAACAUCCUGUCAGUCCGGCCAGCCACAUUUAUCAGAGUCCUCCAGUUCAUCCAGUGACAGUGGAAACCAGGCUAAAUCUCCCCAGCCUGGGAACCCAAAGCCGCAAGUCUUCAAUCCUUUUCCCUGUGUCAAGCCUCUUCGAAAGUCAGCUACAGCCAGGAAUUUAGGGCUGUAUGGCCCCACUGAAAGAACACCAACUGUACACUUCCCACAAAUGAGCAGAAGUUUCAGUAAGUCUGCCAGUGGCAACAGUGGGACCAGGAAACGAUGAUGUACACUACCUGGCACUUCCUGACAGCAACAAAAAAUUUGUAUUGAUUUUUUUUCUAAAAAAAUGUGUGCGUGUAUAUGUGUGUCCCAAAAUGUUUCUAAUCUUUAAUUAACUAAUGGGGACAGAAGUGGUUACCAGAUGUAUAAAUAUGUGUUUUUGAAAACUGUGCUCCCGUGUUGUUAUGGGAUAGAUUAGUGAAGAUGCUCUCUGGCACCCUCUUGCUGAUUCUGAUGGUUCUGUGGUAAAAUAAACACUGAUUUGCAGCGUGAAGCAUGUAGUUUCUUUAAACCUAACUCAGACAUAAAAUCACUGGCUGCCUUUAACCCCUCAGCCCCCCAUGGCUGCCUCCCGUCCCUUUCAAAGCUUGAAGGGCAAAUUAUGUGGUGCAGCAGACACGUAUAACAGUUUAUAUGACUGCUAUGCAGCUUUCCCAUUAGACCUUGUCAUGCUCUGUGAGUAGCUGGAGAAGCCAUGACUAACAGAAGCACAAGCAGCCCCAGCAAGCGAAAAUAUCGCUUUGGGCCUGAUAUUAUUACCACUUACCUCCUAGGCCAUCUGGCUUCAGACAUUCUUGAGCAGCUUUUUGUGUUUCUCUUCCCACAGCAGUCCUCUGCUGAUAGUGUUUAAUAUGAAUAGUCAGUGAGCAUGAGAAUAGCAGACAGAAGUCCAUCCACAACACUGGUUUGCUCCUUUUCUGUUACAUAUGUACGUACAUACCUUUCUGUUACUGCUGAAGAGUUGCAGCACUUCAAAAUUAGGAAUUGGGUACAGCUGUAUAUGUAGUUGUGUGAAUAUUAUGGAUUUAAAGCUAUUAUCUAAAUUAUAGACUUGUAAUUAAAUCAUAUUUGCCAUCUUAGCAGUAGGUAAAAUAUAUACAAAUUCCAAAGUAGUUUAGGGUUUUAAAUUCUAUUUAUAGAGUGAUUAGAUACUUAGGGUGCCACAUACCAUUAAAAUCCAACAUACUGGCUGCUCUAUAAGUGGAAUGGACCUGUGGGACUGCCAUGGGCUUCCAUGGCUUGGUUCUGAUUUGGUGUGAAAGAACAGUGGCAAAGCGCUGAGUGUUUACUUCCAAAUCAAAAAUCAAAGCUGGUGAAUACCCUAAGACAAGUACAUUUUUCUUCUAUAUAUGUUAAACAGGCAGGCAGAGAAACUAAAUGUGGAUAAUUCAACUUCAGGGUUGGAAAAUUGAGCAAACUCCAAGAAAUUCAGGUUGCUCUUAAAAUGUUACACCUCUGCUGAAAUGUAUGUAUUGACUGUGAUUCAUGACCUUAUUGCUUCCAGGUUUCCCAUAACCUGAAAGUGUCAUUAUUUUUAAACUGCAGUAAAAGUAUUUAUGAUGAAUUGGCCCCAUUGUAUGGAGUAUUUUACUUCCUCUUUUAAAAUUAUUUUGUUAAAUUUGCAAAUUAAUGUAUCGUUGUCUAUUUAUUAAUGUAUCCCAUAACCUAUAGGAUGUGAUACCAGUUUUACUGUAUACCAUAACUUAUAAGCUGUACAAUAUAUCCUAUUGAUUGUCGUGGGGACAGUUUUAUUUUGUUGUUGUUUUAUACAAGUGUAUGCAUAUAAAAUAAUACACAAGUAUGAACACUAUAGAUAUAAAACCGACGUAGAUCAGGUCCUGCCCCUGCCUUAUUUUCAGAUUAUAGUAGUAGUGUCAAUGAUUAUUUAUAGCACUAAGUAAAUUUAAAAUAAUGUAGAAUUUAGUCACUGAUUAUGGACUGUAUGAGAAUUGUUUCUGCCUUGAUUUGAAAGGAAUGGACUUCUCAGAAUUUUAUUGUGAAUCAUUCUCCCCAGUUUUUCUUAGCUUCAGUGUAUCAUGUGGCUGUAUACUGAACCAGUAAAAAUAAAAGGACUGUCAUUCUGCAAAAACUG